UAUCCAAAGAUAAAAAUCAGCGGAGGCUUCCGCACUCUGACCAGAGCGGGACGCAACCCGCGGAGGGGAUGAGGGGCUCUCCAGAAGAGAACAAUCCGGGAGAUGACAGGGCGUGUAGAGCCAGGAGUCACAGGCCUGUGUCUGCGCGAGCAGCAGAGAUUUGUGUGCCCCCGAGAUGCGUGUGUGUGUGUGUGUGUGUGUGUGUGUGUGUGUGUGUGUGUGUGACAGCGUGUCUCCGUGACGUCGUCUGCGUUUGCAUGUCAGUGACAGAUACUUGAUUUGUGCUUAUUUAACUUCAUGGCUUAUGGGUGACCGACGGUUGUGUGGCCGUGUGGGUUGUCAUUGGAACGCACGGCUCUAGGCUCCGCGGAUCCUCCGCCCUGUGUCCUCACAGCCACUUGGGGACGGCCGCAGAUAAAAGAGGGAAGCCAGAUUCGGGGCCUUAGAAUGGAAGAAUGGAGAAUUAUAGCAAGGUCACACAGACUUGAUCUUGAGAUGAGAUUUUUUUUUUUUUUUUUUUUUUUUUUUUUUUUGGAAGCUCGAUGUGGCCCCAAGGCAGGCUUUUGGGAAGACCUGAUGAGGCCCCAGGAGUAGGAGUAGGAUCCCCCCUGGAAGCUCCUAGAGGUCACCUACAUGUUUCCUAACCACAGCAUUUCCAGAACUCCGGCCCCAGGAACAUGCUGUGAAUUGGAGAUAGAAUCCACCCGAGACGUCAGUGAUCCUGGCCUCUCUCAUACUGGGAAGGUCAGCACUGCUCUAGUAGCCUUUCUACUCCCAGUCUGGUUGUGUGUGUGGGACUGGUGUUAGAAGUUCCUGUGCUAUCCAAGAAAAUCCUGAUGUCUCAUGAUUGCUUUCUCUUUUCCCAGUGCUGCCAGUCUCUUAAAAAAAAAAAAAAGAUACUGAGAGCAAAAAGAAUUUUUGUUACACAUCUAAAAGUUAAAGUUCAGGUGCCAUUGACAUUCAGUGAUGUCGCCAUAGACUUUUCUCAGGAGGAGUGGGAAUGCCUAAAUUCUGAUCAGAGGGAUUUGUACAGAGACGUGAUGUUGGAGAAUUAUACUAACUUGGUCUCACUGGACUUUGAUUUUACAACUGAGACCAACAAGUUAUCUUCAGAAAAAAGCAGUUAUGAAGUAAAUUCAUACCAUCGGGAGACAAUGAAAAGAAGUAAAACCUUCAACCUAAUGAGGUUUAUUUUCAGAAAUGACCCACAGUGCAGAAUUGAAUUUGGGAGAGAACAGGGACCCAACAUGGGAUGUUUUAGUCAAAUGACAUUUAUAAAACAUAUAUCUCUUCCUCUACAUCAGAGAAUUCACUCUAGAGAGAAAUCCUAUGAAUGUAAGGAAUGUAGGAGGGGCUUUCGAAAAAAAUCACACUUUACUGAACAUUUGAGAGACCAUAAUGGUGUGAGACCAUAUGAAUGUAAAGAAUGUGGAAAGGCCUUUAUAGUUCUCCAGCAUUUUAUUAGACAUAAAAAAAUGCACACUGAUUUGAAACCCUAUGGAUGUAAUGGAUGUGAGAAGGCCUUUAGGUUUUAUUCACAGCUUAUUCAACAUCAGAUAAUUCAUACUGGUGUAAAACCUUAUGAAUGUAAGCAAUGUGGGAAGUCUUUUAGACGUUAUUCUCACGUUACUGAACAUCAGAAAAUUCAUAUUGGUUUGAAACCCUAUGAAUGUAAUGAAUGUGGGGAAACUUUUAGAUUGUACCGACAUAUGUGCCUACAUCAGAAAAUGCAUCAUGGUGUGAAACCCUAUAUAUGCAAGGAAUGUGGGAAGGCUUUUGGUCAUCGCUCAAGUCUUUAUCAACAUAAGAAAAUUCAUUCUGGUGAGAAACCAUAUAAAUGUAAACAAUGUGGAAAGGCCUUUGUUCGCAGCUAUCUACUUAUUGAACAUCAGAGAAGUCAUACUGGUGAGAAGCCUCAUGAAUGUAAGGACUGUGGAAAGGCCUUUAGUAGGGGCUCAAGCCUUCUUAAACAUAAGAGAAUUCAUAGUAGUGAGAAGCUCUAUGAUUGUAAGGAAUGCGGGAAGGCCUUCUGCAGAGGCUCUCAACUUACACAACAUCAAAGAAUUCAUACUGGUGAGAAGCCACAUGAAUGCAAAGAAUGUGGGAAGACAUUUAAGCUUCAUUCAUACCUUAUUCAACAUCAGAUAAUUCAUACUAAUUUGAAACCACAUGAAUGUAAACAAUGUGGGAAAGCCUUCAGUCGUGUUGGAGACCUUAAAACACAUCAGUCAAUUCAUGCAGGGGAGAAACCAUAUGAAUGUAAGGAAUGUGGAAAAACCUUUAGACUUAAUUCUCAACUGAUUUAUCAUCAGACAGUUCAUACUGGUUUGAAACCAUAUGUAUGUAAAGAAUGUAAAAAGGCCUUUCGUUCUAUCUCAGGUCUUUCUCAACAUAAGAGAAUUCAUACUGGUGAAAAACCCUAUGAGUGUAAAGAAUGUGGUAAGGCCUUUAAUCGUAGUGAUCGUCUGACUCAGCAUCAGAGAAUUCAUACUGGUGUGAAACCACACAAAUGUAAGGACUGUGGAAAGGCCUUUACUCAUUGCUAUCAACUUACCCAACAUCAAAGAUUUCAUAGUGGUGAGAAACUCUUGAUGUAGUGAGAGUCAGAAAGCCUUUUAGCCAUGGCACAUCCUUUACCAUUGUCACUAUUCCACCACCUAAUGAUGUUAUGGUAAAGAUUAAGUUAUUUAACAUAAAAAUAUAAAUGCUUAGAAAGGCAUCUGGCACAUAGUGUUUGUUUACUAAGUAUUGUGGUUUUUAAAUGAUAAUCACUAGUAUUACUGUAUAUAAAUUCAUGUGGAAGGAGGACUCUAUAAGCAUAUUUUUUUCAGAUAAUUCAUUCUGGACAAAAUCCCAUAGAAUAUAUUAAACAAGACCCUUUUUUAUUCAAAGCGCAACCCCUUGAAGGUUAAUAAGAAAAAACCCUGUGCCUUUAUUGAAUAUUGAGAAUUUAGCUGUUGAAAAAUUAGAAAGUAGUUUGCAGAAACUUUUCUUACAAUAAAUUCUGUAAUACAGAUAACAUACAAUCCACAUUCCCUACAAUUGAAAUAAAUUAAAAACUAAUAAUUUGGUAGCCAAAGACAUACGUUGACUUGGAAAAGUUUUCCUCAAGUUUUUGAAAGUUUCCAAACUUACAUAAAAGGUACAGCAGUGUUACAAUGAUGUUUUUUUUGCCCUUCACCUAAAUUCAAUAUCUAAUAUUUCUCUAUGUAUGAACAUGUAUAUAUACAGAUGCACAAAUACCAUAUAUCAUUCUUAUUGCAUAUUGAAUGUAUUUUACAUAUAUCAUUUUGCUGUGUUUUUCAGUGAAUGUUUUAGAUAUCACUUCACCUCUAAAAAGUCAACAUACAAUUCUUAGAAUUAAGGAUAAUCUUCUAGAUGACCAUUAACCCACUGUUACCUAAAAAGACAUUAACAAUAACCCUAUAUUGUUUUACAACAUUCAGCCCAUUUACAAAUUUCUCUGAUUGUUUAAAGAACAUCUUCUAAAAGUGCUGGAUUUUUAAAAGUCAAAAACCAAACUAAGCUCAUAUAUGUUAUAUGACUGUGGCUUAUUGAGUCUGAUAAGAAUUGGUCAAGAAUUUACUCUCCACCUCCUUACCUUUUUUGAAGACUCAGAAGAAGUAACCUACAUAAUAUUGUAAUUCCAUAUUUGUCCUUUUUCUCAAGGUGGGCUUAACUUUUCCUCUUUCCUUUGUAUUUAUUUUGAACUGAAGGUUAUGUCUAGAGGCUUGAUUAGGUUUCAGAUUACACAUUUUUUACAAGACUUCAUAGGUAAUAGUGUACUUAAUAUUAUAAAAUAUCAGUUGGCAUACCAGUGAAACUA